AUGGCGACUGAUUUCUGGGCUUCGUCGCACUUUAAAAGAUGGAUUGUAGACCGUGCAACUUUACAUCGAGCGCGCUUAGAAGACCUGCAUUAUGUCGAUGACCCAGACCACCUCGCGCUGCUGGGCAUUUUCUUUGCAAACCUGAUGUCGAAACUGGGAAAUAAACUCAGCAUGCGCCAGCGAGUUAUUGCUACUGCGACCAUCUUCUUUCGCCGUUUCUACAUCAAGAACUCGUAUUGUGAAACAGACCCGUAUCUAGUCCUUGCCGCCUGCUGCUACGUAGCUGCCAAGGCCGAAGAAUCACCUGUGCAUAUAAAGACCGUUAUUUCCGAGGCUCGAAGUGUUUUUGGUGUAUCGCAACAUAUAGCCGAGUACAAUGUCCGACACUUUCCUACUGAAAACUCAAAACUGGCUGAGAUGGAGUUCUAUUUGGUCGAUGAUCUCGAAUGCGACUUGCUGGUCUUUCAUCCUUACCGAACGCUUAUGGCACUCGUUAAAGACGCGAGCCAAGCGGAACAAAGUUUAGAAGAAAAGGAAGCAGGUGAACUCGGAGCUGGUAUAGAUGACGGUCCUCGAUAUUGGGGAACUGGAGAAGGCAAACUCGAUAUGCAUACUGGGGGUAUUCAGAAUGCUUGGUUCCUAAUUAAUGACACGUAUCGAUCCGACAUCUGCCUCGUAUACCCUCCCCACCUAAUUGCCAUAGCAGCACUUUACCUUGUAUGCGUCCUCAACCCAUUUGUGAGGCAAGCACAUCUCGACUGGACGGAAUUGAAGCAGGCCGCCCUCGUGGCUGCUCAGCAUCAGCCUGGGGCAACAACUCGUAGGUCUGCAAGGCAUGCCAAUUCCGUGGUCCCGCAGAAACGUACAGCCUCCUCAGAUAGCAACACCGACGACGGUGCGACGCGGAAGCCAAUUGUCCCUCCUCAGGACUUUGUUGGAUUCUUCGCAAGUCUGAACGUAAAUCUGCGAGUCGUCGCUACCAUUGCGCAGGAGAUGAUAUCCUUUUACGCUCUCUGCGAUAGGUUGAAGGAGGACUUCAACCCUAUCAGCUCAUCCACUCAAAAAACCGGCUCGAAUUCAGCGUCAGGCAGCCGUAACUCGCGAAAAUCGGCUGGUCGUAUUUCUGUCGAUGAUGCUUCCAGAUCAGCUACUGGAUACGACGUCGACUCGAACUUUCUCGUUCAGCUAUUGAAUCGAAUGAGGGCGAUGAAGGAGUCGGAUGUUGCCCAUCCUGCAUCCGGUCGACCGACUGCGGUGAAUAGGUUAUUGGAAAGGACGCAAGGCGCUGGAUGAUACAUUCUUGUACUUAUAUUUGCAUUGUGGAGUAUCAUUGGGCAAUUUAAUCAUGCUUGGACUGGUUAGAUGC